GGAGGAGGAGGUGGAGGUGGUGGAGGAGGAGGAGAUGGGAGGAGGGACUGAGAACCGAGACGAGAGGACUGACGUGAAGACGGUGGAGGAGGCAGGAGACGGGGAGAUGCAGGAGGCUCAGGACGAUCCGCUACGCAAAUACAUGCUGAUGGUGAUGCAGGGGAGAGAGAGGGAGAGAGAGCAGAACAUGAAUAGAGACGAGUCUGAGAACCAGAGUCCUGAACCGAUAGUGUUGUCUGACCACAAGGACGACAGCAUGGCCGCGGUUUCCCACGACGACGCCGAUGACGAGUUUUGGUGAUGGAUGAUUCGUCAGUUUGAUGCUUUUAUUAUUUUUUACCGUGUGAGUGUGUGUGUGUGUGUGUGUGUGUGCGCGUGUUUGAAUUUACAAUUGUUGAAAUAAUAGGACUAUAAAAUAUUUUAGAAUUUCUUUUCUAACAUCGUUUAUUAGAGGUUUUGUACUAAUUAUAUGUCUGUAUUUAUUUAUUUAUUUAUUAGAAUUUAGCUUUUCCAAAUAAACCUGCUGUCAUAUUA